AAUAAUUUCGAGUGAAAAAAAUUGAAGUGUCACGUUACCUUGUCGGCACAGUGGUGAGAAGAGAACAACCUUCCCUCUUGUCUGUUCAUAUUACAUCAUUUGUGAUGAACAGUCAUCCAUCUUCGCUGUCUGAACAAAUGGCCCCUGUCUGAAUCUGCGUUCUGUUGAUUUUCUGCAAAUUUUAAUUUAGCUAUAAUCUUUUGAUAAACCUUUGACACCACCAUUUGACCAAAUUUGAUUUGGCUAUUCUCAGAGCAAUACAUCAAGCUGAUGGUUGUGCAACAAUGACAAAUAAGAAGGGAUUAUUCACUCUAUUGAAAAGGGUUUUUAUUUCAGAAGCUAACUCAGAAAAGAAAGAGAAGAGAAGAAGAUGGACGUUUUGGAAACUUAAAGUGAGAAAAAGAUUACCUACCAUUACAGCACCACCACCUGAGAACGGGACAAGAAACGAAUCUCAUGAGGAACAACAGAAGGAGGAAAGCUUGUCAGAUGUUGGUGAGGUCAGCCAAGUAUCUUCUAGUCAAAAGUUUGAUUCCAUAGAGAAGUUAGAAGGUUCAACAUCCCCGGAGACUACUGCUCACCUGGUAGCCCAGUAUCAACUGUUUCUAAAUAGAGAGGAACAAGCUCUCGCUGCUACUCGGAUUCAAACAGCUUUCCGUGGCCAUCUUGCAAGGAAAGCUCUACGGGCGUUGAAGGGAAUAGUAAAGCUCCAAGCUUACAUCAGAGGUCGUGCAGUGAGACGCCAAGCAAUGACUACACUCAAAUGCUUGCAAUCCGUUGUGAACAUUCAGUCACAGGUCUACGGCAAGAGAGCACAAAUCCCCAGAGGCUCUCACAGAGAUUACGAAGAGAGCCACAUGUUCAGCGAGAACAUACUCAAGGUGGACACAAACGGUCAGAAGAGAUGGGACGAUAGUCUAUUAACAAAGGAAGAGGCCAAAGCUGUGGUGAUGAGCAAGAGAGAAGCUGCCUUAAGAAGAGAAAGGAUCAAAGAAUAUGCAGUCACUCACCGGAAAUCUGCAGAGUCGUACCAGAAACGGAGUAACACCAAGUGGAAGUACUGGUUAGACGAAUGGGUAGACACUCAACGAACCAAGAGCAAGGAGCUAGAAGAUCUGGACUUGUCCUUGAGAACAAAGCCUAAAGACGAAACUAUGAAUAAAACACCAAGAAACUCAUCGCCAAGAAGAUUGGUGACUAAUAAUCAUAGAAGACAAGCUUCAAUAAGUGAAGAGGAACCACAAAACCCUGUGGCUCCUGUCACCACCGUCAAUACACCAACUUACAUGGUUGCAACAGAGUCAGCAAAGGCAAAGUCAAGAUCACUGAGCUCACCGAGGAUAAGACCGAGAAGUUUCGACACGCAGUCAGAGAGUUACUCGCCGUAUAAGAACAAGCUAUGCCUGACGACUUCGGUGAUGAGUGAAGCACCAAGCAAAGUGAGGGUUGGGAAUAGCAAUGGCAAUAACAAUAGGGCGAGUGCAUACCAGCAAAGGUCUCCAGGGUUAAGGGGGUUCAACAUGGGCCCAUUGAAAUCAUGCAAUAAUGGUACUUUAUUAAACGAUCUCAGCAUUAACUCGGAACGAUCUCUACCUAGCUGGAGCAAGCAGAGCAGCUUGAGAUGAUGAGUGGGAUUUUGUGCCCUGUAUAUACUUACUACAUACGUUCCAGUGUUUCUUUGUUGAGAAGGUCACACUCGCAUGUGUAUCAUCAAAUCUUCUUUGGUUUCUUUUUUUUUGCUUACACUGUGUCACUCAAUUUCAUUUAAUUAUAUUGCACAAGGACAAUGUAAACAAGGGAUAUUGCCAUUUCGUUAAUCAAUCUA